CUGUUGAUCAUCCUGUAGCUGGUCCAUACACUGUUGGAGGUGAACUGUCUCCUUCAGGAAUAAUGGUGACUGGACCAGAUAGUCUGUAUGUGACUCUGCUGAUUCUCCUCCACAGUUUAACCUCUGAAUCUGUGAAGUUUGAAGUUCGUGGUCCAAAUGAACCCAUUGUUGCUGUGGCUGGUGAUGACAUCAUUCUACCCUGUUACCUCAAACCCAACAUCAGUGUUGAGGACAUGACAGUGGACUGGCUGAACCUGGACUUCAUAGAUGAACAUGUCUAUCGAUACCAAAAUGGAAGUAUCAUAGAAGAGAAUCUGAUUCCCUCCUACAGUGGAAGAACAUCACUGUUUAAAGAGGAACUGUGGAGGGGAAACACCUCUUUAAAACUGACCAGGGUACAAGGGACUGAUGAGGGACGUUACAAAUGCUUUAUUAAAUCACAGAACUGGUAUGACGAUGUUACUAUUCAAGUCUUUGUUAAAGCUGUAGGGUCCAGACCAGUGGUGUCCAUUGAAGGACACAGAGAGGGAGGGAUGGGUCUGGUGUGUCAAUCUGAAGGCUGGCACCCUGAACCCGAUCUGGUGUGGCUGGACAGUAAAGGAGUCAGUCUCUCUGCUGGACCUCCUGAGACACACAGAGACUUAAAGGGAUUCUACACAGUCAAACAACAUGUCAUUGUCCAGGAGACUGACACCAACCUCUUUACCUGUAGAGUCCUACAGGAACAGAUCAAUGAGAUAUCAGAGACAGAGGUUCACAUCCCCAGUGAGCUGUUUGAUUACACAACUCCAUGGAGACGGUCCUUCAUUGUGUCAUUGUCUUUGGGAGUCAUCACUGUGCUUGGGUUAGCUCUGACUGUCUACUGGUUAUGUAAAAAUAAAGAAAAACAGAGAUCUGUGCUGGAAAAUCAGAGAUCUGUGCUUGAAAAACAGACAUCUGUGCUGGAUGACCUGUGGAAAGGGACUGUGUACCUAUGGAAGGGAAAUGACAGGACAGUUGACCUACCAAACCUUGAUGAACUCAGGAAGUACGUUUUUAAAGCCAUCAGAAGACAUGCAGUGGAUGUGACUCUAGACCCUGAUACUGCACAUCCACAUCUCAUCCUGUCUGAUGACGGGAAACAAGUGAGACUUGGAGACACCAAACAGGAUCUCCCUGACAACCCAAAGAGGUUUAAUAGUUCUCUCUGUGUCCUGGGUAAGGAGGGUUUCUCCUCAGGGAGAUUCUACUAUGAGGUUCAGGUGAAGGGAAAGACUGCAUGGGUUUUAGGAGUGGUCAGAGAGUCAGUCAACAGGAAGAAGGGGGCAAUUACAGAGAGUCCUGAGUCUGGAUUCUGGACUGUGAAUCUGUGUGAUGGAGUGUAUCAGGCUCUCACUGACCCCCGUAUCAUCCUCCCCCUGAGAGAGGAGCCCCAGAAGGUGGGGGUGUUUGUGGAUUAUGAGGAGGGACAGGUCUCCUUCUUCAAUGUGGAGGCCAGGUGUCACAUCUACUCUUUCAGUGACCAAACUUUCACAGAGAAACUAUAUCCUUUCUUCCAUCCUAAUGAAUCAGACCCACUGGUCAUCUGUCCUGUAGAUGUAACUGACUGACUGUUUUAAAUCAGACAACCAGAAAUCCAGAAUGGAGAACAGUUGGCAAGGAUAUGAAAUAUCAGAACAUUUAUGUGAGACCGUUGAUGUUUCUAGUAUCCAUACUAUGUGAUUUGUGUAGAAUUAUAUGAAUGUAUGUUUCAUAGGAAGUUAAAUGUGUCUAGAUAAUGAGAACAACAGAAACAUCUGUGUUUAGAUUCUCUCUCAGUAGGUCACUCUGCCAACCCCAUUAAUGUGAAAUGUUUACUUUGACCAUUUAACAUGGGGGUACUUUGGGGAGUUUAGUGGAAAUAAUAUCUGUGUCAGGUAGACACCCCCUUCAAUGUAUUUACCAGCUAGCAACCAUCUUUACACUGAUAUUGAUUUGAACAGCCAAGAGGAAACACUUACUGUGAUACUUUCAAUAAAAUGUGAAUUCU